CCUCCUCCUCUCGCUCGGCUUUCGCGUCCUCCCCGCCUUAUCCGCAUCCGGUCCCCGGUGUAGCGCGGCCGGAAGUGUAGGCCCCGGGAGCCGGAGGGAGCCGCCAUCAUGGGCGACAAAAUGGAUAUGUCUCUGGACGACAUUAUCAAGCUGAACCGGAGCCAGCGGGGCGGCGGCGGCCGAGCCGGCGGCGGCCGAGGCCGCGGAAGGGGAGCUGCGGGUCGAGGCGGCGGAGCCGGGCGAGGCGGAGCUGGGCGGGCAGGCGGGGGCGGCCCCGUCCGGAACAGAGGCGCGCUGUCCCGGGGAGGCGGCAGGAACAGGCCUGCGCCCUACAGCCGGCCAAAGCAACUCCCAGAAAAGUGGCAACACGAUCUCUUCGAGAGUGGCUUCGGUGCUGGGGCUGGUGUCGAGACAGGCGGGAAGCUGCUCGUCUCUAAUUUGGAUUUUGGAGUAUCGGAUGCAGAUAUACAGGAGCUUUUUGCGGAAUUUGGGACAUUGAAGAAGGCAGCAGUGCACUAUGACCGUUCUGGCCGUAGUCUAGGUACAGCAGAUGUCCAUUUUGAGAGAAAGGCAGAUGCACUGAAGGCUAUGAAACAGUACAACGGAGUUCCCCUGGAUGGACGUCCCAUGAACAUCCAGCUGGUUACAUCACAGAUAGAUACACAGAGGAGACCAAUACAGAGUGUAAAUAGAGGAGGCAUGACCAGAAACCGUGGUGGUUCGGGUGGCUUUGGUGGUGGCAGCAGACGAGGCAGCCGUGGCAAUAGGGGCAGAGGUAGAGGUGCUGGCAGGAGUUCCAAACAGCAGCUCUCUGCAGAAGAAUUGGAUGCACAGUUGGAUGCUUACAAUGCCAGGAUGGACACCAGUUAAAGCUGUUGGCGCAUCUUGUGCAUGGGAAGGACUGCAGACAUCUCAUUCCAUGUUCCCCAGUGGGAGAAGAAGGGUGGAUGGCGGCAGCGGCUACUAAUAUCAAGAAUGGAAUUUGUUUUACUUUUAUGUUCUGGAAUAGGUUUCAAACUCAUGUAAAGUUUUCUUUCUCUCUUUUUUUUAAAUUCUGAGACAGAUCUGUUUUGUACCGAGUUAUUUUUGGGAAAAAUUUUACUGGUUGCCUGUUGGGCCAAGAUGGCUUUUUCACCUUGGCAGUAAUAAAAUAGAAAUGUGUCUAGAGCUGUAAAUGUCUGCUUCCUGUUGCAGCUGGAACCUAGUCUUGGGGCUGCAGAAGCCAAGACAGGUAGAGGAGCAGGUGUCUGGCUGCAGGCCCCUAGCAAAAGAGUUGGUGCUGAUUGCCCUUCCUAAGGGGAGGGAUUCUGUUCUCUCAGGUCUCUCUCCUCCACUCUGCCCCCGUAUGGGCUUGUAAACUGUAUAUUCCUCAUCUCCUGUGUGCUGACUCUUCUUCGUCUGUGCUAAAGCCAACCGGUGUGACUGCUUUUGCAAGGAGAGGAUGGUGGUCUCCAGUGAGAAAGCUCCAACCUUAGUGGUCAUGAGAGGGAGUAAAUUUCUUGUUAAAAGUCGUUUUUGUAUUUAACACUUGAUUCCAAAGUUCAGUGCUGGUCCCACCUCAGUAUUUUUACUGUAAAAUAAGUUGCUGUGAAAACUCAGUGACUCCAACAUGCCAAGUAAAGAUUUAGUCUUUCAACUUGCAA